GUCGAGAUUUUUUUCUCUGAUUCCCUCGAAAAGAAACCCUAAAAAUCAUACCUUCAUCUUCUCGGCUCUUUCUCAAUUCGUCCACCUCUUAUCACAUCAGAGGACACACCCACUAAUCGCUCGUGAUAAAAAAACGGUAAAAAAGAAAAACACAUGACGAGAGAGGAGAGUUCGAAAGUCACUAGAAGAAGCAUUAGACUUGCAUCUUCUGUAACUGAUGAAAACCCUGAACCCAAACCUUCCCACCCACCAACCGUUGCUGACCUCACAUUCGGCGAAGAAUCCAUCACUUUAGAUGCUCUUCUCUCCAACUUCCCAGGCAGACGCUCUCAGAUUCUCGACCUGAUUCGUCUCAUUGGCCCCUUAGACUCCCCUUCUCUUCCUAUAAUGGUCUACGGCGACGCUUCCACUGGCAAAACAAGUGUUGCUCUUCAGGUGUUCAGGCAUCUCAACCGCCCUUUUGUUUACUCAAGCUGCCGUACAUGUUGCAGUCCUCGUCUCUUGUUUGAGUCCAUUCUGAAUCAGUUGCUGCUCCAUAGCAAGUGUUCUUCAAAUGGUUACGCUAGCGCAAAACGGUGUGACAAGCCGUCUGAUUUCGUCAAUUUGCUUCGACAAGCGCUUAGUGAUGUGAUGGAAACUCUCGGAAGGAAAUCAAUGGGGAAGAUGUUGUACUUGAUAGUUGAUCAUGUGGAUCUUAUCAAAGAUUGGGACAAAGGAGCAAUGAUUCUUCAAUUUCUUUUCAGUUUGUAUUCGGUUUUGAAGAUGCCUCAACUUGGUAUCAUACUUAUCAGUGGGUUGCCACCAGAUGUGUAUUACUCAAACAUGGGAUACACAGACCCUCUACCAGUCUAUUUCCCUGAGUAUUCUGAAGAUGAACUUCGUCAGAUCUUCUUGAAAACUCAAGUUAACAAGAAAUUAUACUCUGCAUUUCUCGAUGUUGUAUUGAGACCUUUCUGUAGGGUCACAAGGAGAGUUGAAGAACUUUCCACUACCUUCUCAUCAUUGUUCAGAAAGUAUUGUGUACCGCUUGAUGAUUUAGCGAUUUCACCUAAUGAAGAUUUGAAGAGGAGGCUGUAUAGCAAUCUUAAACCGCAUAUUACAUCCUCUCUAAAUGAGAUAUUCAGGGUCUCAAGUCGCCCUCAUGACGGUGACACCAAAGGGGAGAGAAGGCAGAAAGCUAGCUACAGUUCUGAGAACGGUGAAGAACUUGAGAUCUUGGACUUCCAUAUGUCUACUUCAGCUAAGUACCUUCUCAUUGCGGCGUUUCUUGCUUCAAGAAACCCAGCAACGUUAGAUGCAUCGAUGUUUGACUCCACAGGGGGCAUGGAUAAUCGUAAAAGAAAGCGCAAGGCCUCUGAGAAAUCGAUGGAGAAGAAGGAAAUUGCAGAGCAGGAAGCAGUGAUGAAAGGGCCUGGAAGCUUUCCAUUGGAGAGACUAUUGGCGAUAUUCCAGUGCAUUGCCUCUGUAGGAGACUCUUCAUUUGGCGAAGAGGAAGAAGAAGAAGAAGCUACUGGUUACGACAAGGAGAGUAACAACAUGAUGUCGGAUAUUCUGCUUCAAGUGUCGAGUCUUUGUGAUGCAAACUUCAUGAUCAAAAGCGGAAGCUGCCCAUUAGAGGGUUCUAUUAGGUACCGUUCCAUGGUGUCUGAAGAUCUGUGUCUGAAGGUUGCGAGAAGCCUCAGCUUUCCACUUUCCAAGUACUUAUACAGAAGAUGAUAUGUGAGAGGAAGAAAAAUUAAUAUAGAUAUGGUCUAUAUUCCUGGAGAAUGUAGAGGCCAUGCAUCUCUGAGCCUAAGACUAAACCCGGUUUAGGCAAGAUCGCCUUGAUUUAUCGGUUUGGGAUUUAUUCUAUGUAACACUAAAAUUUGUUAAGAAUAUAUAAAAAUGUGGUCCAAACUUUUGAUUAUUUAAAAUGAGAUAAAUAAUU